AUGCAGGCGUCUGCAUACCGCCCUGGCCUCGGGAAAGCUCCAGCCCGGAGAGGGGGAGGAGCCGCCUUCCAGGUGGGGCAGGUGCGGAGCCUGGACUCAGGUGUGUCCCAGGCCCAGAGAAGCGAAUGCUUUCUGGCCGGUGCAGGCAUCACAGAGGGCUCCCUUGGCCUCAGGAUCCAGCUCUGGGAAGCUGGGCUCGUCUCCCAGACUCCGCCUCAGAGGACUACCAUGGAGGGGGAAAGAUUAAGGAACUUCAAAGAACUCCAAGCUAAAUUUCAAAAGCUUGAUGCACCGUCUCUUCCAGGACCUACUAAAUUCCCAGCAGGUGUUUCUCAAAAGGGUGUCACUGGAAACACACAGUCAAAGAUGAUUUGGGCCAACAGGAAACCCCUCUCAUCCAACCAUGACCAGCCCCAAAGCUCUUGUUCCAGGGGUGAGCCCCAGCCUCCUGAACCCCAGAAAAUGAAGUUGGCAGCGAGGAGUGAGAUGCAAAAAUGCUCCAGUUCCCCAGGACUACUGGGAAGAUCUGCUCAUUCUGCAGAAAAUUCACAGAAAGCUCUGCUUUCAGAUGUGAAUCAGUCCAAUGCUGAGACAACCAAUGAGAAGAACGUGGUGUCUACUAGCUUCAGAGACAAGCUCUGGAACUGGGAGAAAUUUUCAUCUCAGAAAAGUGAAAUGUCAUCAGCCAACUGUGGAAGUAGAUCUUUCCAUCUGAAAGGUCAAGAAAGCUUGGGGCUUACCACUCCGGAGGAGCCGAGGAAAAAGCUGGGAAUAAAGGGAUCCCUGGCUGGUCCUUUCCAGAGGGCCUCGAUGGCCCUAAGGAAAUCAUAUGUUGCCUCAGAAGAUGUCACUUUUCUACUUUCCCAGCAUGGAAAGAAGAGCCUAGAGAAGUCCAGCCCUGAGAGGAGCCCGGCAGUGAGCAUCUACCAGCCUGCCUAUGGCAGUGAGCUUGCCACCCAGGGUUUGGACUAUUUGUGCUCAGAAAAACGGCCGAAUGUCAGGCGUCACCAGCUGCCCAAACCGAAGCCACUGCCUCCCGCGGAGUCCCUGGGCCCUCCACCCGCAAAGCCGCAGAAGCCUCCAGCGGGGACCCUCCAGGCCUCCCAGCGGGGGACAGCUGCUGUUCCCCAGGCCCACAGGCAAGCAGCCGUGGAAGAGGGCUACCUGCAUCCAGAGCGUGCUGAAUUUGAAGAGCCACAUAAUUACGAGGCAACCAUUUCGUAUCUGAGACUCUCUGGCAACCCCAUUAACCUGCGCACUGCGAAGGAAAUUGCUGAUUCAACUUAUGAAGUUGGAAUUGAAGAAGUCCAAAAGCCUUGGAAGAGUUGUCUCCACCAAGAACUUAGCCCUAAAUAUGAAGAUAAAAAAAUGAAGAACAGAGAGCCACGUGAACUGGAACUUCAAAAAACAGAAAAGGAUCUACAUGCAGACCAUCCUUUCAAGGUGGGUUCCUACGAAGGGACACCUGGAAAAGUCCCAAUGACCAAAGUCCACAGACAUGUGGAGAGGACACCACCCAGAAAACCGGAUGCUGUGAUUGACAGGAUCCAGACGAAGACCUGCCUCAAGGACCCAAAGCUGACCAGGCACUUCCAAGGUCAAUGUGGGGAUGUGGAGGCCUUGCAGGUGACUAAAAGAAUACCUGGCCCAAGGACCUUUAAACCAAGUGAGAUCUAUGAUGACGUUGAGUGCCCUGGGAGGAAGGAAUUGAAGUGGGACUUCUCCUCUAACUCCUUUGCCUCGGACAGUGAAGAAAAUAGUAAAGAAAUGUAUGAAGAUGUAUACAAAGCAAAGAGCAGCGGCACAGAGACAGAUUUUGAUGGAAAAGCACUUAAGAAACUGCAGAGAUUCUUCAAGAAAGAAAAGGAUAGAUUGAAGAUGACGAAAACCAAGUUGAAGGAAAAUUUAAGUUCAAUCUUAAUUUACUUGCUCAAAAAUAUUUUUCUCCUCAGAGAUGAAGUUAAAGAAAAAAACUGGAGGCCCAAGUUUUUUAAACCAAAGGAGAAGAAAGAGUCAGAAAGUCCAUCGCCUAGAAAUUUCUUCAGAACCAAGAAGCAAAGUUUAGAAAAGAACAAAAUGCAAAGAGAAAAACUUUUCAGAGAAGUAUUUGAGUAUGACAGAGAGAUUACUGUCAUCAACACAGCGGUGGCAUGUUCCAGGAAUUCAAGAAAUGGAAUCUUUGAUUUGCCAAUAACCCCUGGAGAAAAACUGGAAGUCAUUGAUACCACUGAAGAAAAUCUAGUGAUAUGUCGCAAUUCUAAAGGCAAAUAUGGAUUUGUGCUCAUUGAACAUCUACAUUUCAAGCCCCAAGGUUGGUCAACCUAGGAAGAGCCACAUCAAGUGUACAGACGCAGGAAUGAGAACCAGUUCUAGGACCGAGUCCUGUCCC